UCCAUUGAGCAGUAAUGAAUUCACCGAAUUUAUACCAGAAAGCCCGCAAAGCACAAACCGAAGAUGCAUCACAGUUUCUGGAGGAAUUCUUUCCCAAACUCAACUGGCGCCCAGAUGGUCACGAUAGUCUAAUCGAUAUUGGUUCUGGCACUGGUGACCUAUUGUACGACUUGGUCCACUCCAGAAUGCCCCAAAGUGUCGAACGCAUUGUUUGCUCUGAUAUAAAUCCUAAUAUGAUAAAAUUCGCCCAAGAGACUUAUGGCACCGAAUCAAAGUGGGAAUUUCAAAUUUUGGAUAUUGAAAACAAAGAAGGUUUCGUUGAGGAUUUCAGAGGUACAUUUGAUCAUUUAACAUCGUUCUAUGUGCUGCACUGGACUAAAAGCUUAAGCUGGCUGGCCGGUCAUGACGAUCGUAGGUAUGAAUGGUUGUGUGGCUGGGCCAUGCGUAUCUAUGUAAAUUAA